AUGCCCCCUAAGUUUCCCAAAACUACGGGCCGCCGGAAAGAGUGGCGAGCGAUCGGCUCUUUACCGAUUUAUGAGCUUUUCGGCUGCGGCGAAUUUUGCCUCGCCGUGGCGGUCAUGAUCGCGAGCGAGAAGUCGGCAUGGAGUGCGACGACGCGGCCGAGGAGGAGCAACGCCGGGCGCGUCGCUGAGCACCGCAAGGUGGUUGAGAAGGCGGCAAAGGGGGCAGGGGGGGCCAAGCAGCCUGCUGUGGUCGGCAGCGCGGUGGCCACUCCGGAGGCGCGGCCGCACAAAUGUAACAUUUGCGGCGGCGCUUUCAAGCGGCUGGGUGCCCUCACAGAGCACCAGCGGAUCCACACGGGGGAGCGGCCAUUCAAAUGCGACCUGUGCGACGCCGCCUUUGCGCAAUCCGGCCACCUCGCGCGCCACAAGCGGACCCAUGCCAAGCGGGAGGGCGAGGACGCCUCUCGCGGUGGCGCCAGCUUGCAGCUUAAGCGCGCCGGGGGGGCUCCCGCGGCUGCUGUCGGCGUUGUUCCGCCCGCGAUGACCUCGGGUGUGAGCUGCGGCAGCAGCAGCAGCAGCAGCUUUGACAGCAGCGGGGGGUUGUCUGCGUUCACCAGCGAGGCGGUGGCCAUUCCCAUGGCCUUGGCGGGAGCAUCACCGGCGACGCUGUUCGACGCCCAGCUGGCGCAGGUGCCCACGCCGGCUGUGAACGGCGUGGACUUCGACGGACGCUGGCUCUACUUCAGAGUGGCGGACGAUAUCGACAACUUCCUGUGCGUCGACACGCAGGACAUGGCCACCUGA